CGAAAACCAUCAUAUAUUUGGCAAAACUGAGAACCCGAGAAUCGAGCGGAAUCGAGUAUUGUGUCAACUAUCAUGGCUGCUCUUCAAGAAGCGAGGAUAGAUAUGUACGAUGACUUCGGAGGAACCGUAGAAGGGGACAUGACAGUACCCAAUAGUCGAAAAAGUCGGAACCCAGGCAAUGAACCAGAGUUUAAUACGUUGGACGAACCAAUUCGAGACACAGUGUUGCGGGAUCUGCGAGCGGUUGGAAUAAAGUUUUACCAUGUUCUGUAUCCCAAGGAAAAGAAAAGCUUAUUGAAGGAAUGGGACUUGUGGGGACCACUGGUGCUCUGCACAUUCAUGGCAAUGAUCCUACAAGGCUCUGCAGAAAAAGCUGACAGCUCAAAUGAUGGAGGACCAGAAUUUGCAGAAGUUUUUGUGAUUGUGUGGAUUGGUUCCAUGAUAGUAACUCUUAAUUCCAAGCUUCUGGGAGGAAACAUAUCGUUUUUCCAGAGUGUAUGUGUCCUUGGAUACUGCCUACUUCCUACAGCAAUUGCCCUCAUUGUCUGCAGAAUAAUUCUGCUGGUAGAACAGUCGACAUUACUUUUCACAAUCCGGUUUGUAAUAACGAUGGUGGGAUUUGGUUGGGCCACAUUUGCCUCAAUGGUGUUCCUUGGAGACAGUCAGCCUGCUGGUAGGAAAACCUUGGCAGUGUAUCCAAUAUUUCUCUUCUAUUUCGUUAUUUCAUGGUUGGUGAUAUCACAUUCCUGAUCACCAAAUAGAUCCGACUAGGCUGUGUUCAACUGGAUGGUAUGCUCGUGUCAAACUGAAAGAAUGUAUAUUACUGAGAAGUGAACUAAGUACAAUAUAAGUCCCUUUCAAUAUUUCCCACUGCACACUUCCAAAGCACACUUACCACUGUUUGGAAUUUAUAUAUAUUUAACAUACAGUCAUUCCAUAUUUUUCAUUAAACUCUCAUUUUAAUCAGUCAAGUGAAUAGGCCUAUGAUGUGUUGACAUGUCGUGGGCCAAACUGUUGUGGGCCUUCCAGUUAGCUGUAGUGUUAUAAGGAGGUGCUUAGAGAUUGAAAGAUGUCCUGAAUGUGUCUCUUUGGUAAUCAACAUUCUGGUGAGGCUGAGCAAAAGAAUAUGAGUGAGUAAAGAAGUAUUAUACGGGCUGUUAUUGUAAGGUAACGAAUGUAGCAAUAUUUCUUAUAGUGGCAUGAAUGUGACAAUUUGAUCAACUGGCAAACGUGGUGUCAGGACUGAUGAUGAAAAUGUCAGUAAUGACAGUGCCAUGAAGCAUGAUACAGGGAUAAAAUUCAACACUGAGUCUCCACAUUUUCCAUUUAGAGGCAGACCUGACCUAAAUUCUAAUUUAUAAGAUGCCAGUAAUUCAGUGGAAUAUUUUAAAUUGUUAAUUGUUAAAAUGGUUAAUUGUUUAGGUAAUAAGCAGAGAAGCAAACAGGUUUUAGAAAACAUGCCUAAUCGAUAAUUAAGAUUUCAGAAUUGAACAUUGGUAUUAUUCAAACAGGCAGUGAAAUAAUUAAGGUCCCGGCAUUGUUUUUGUUACAAAAGCUAUUUUCUGAGGACAGAU